AAUAUAUUUGUUUCAUUUUGCAUAUCCUGUAUCUCACUGUAACAGCUCAGUCUAUCUCACAUGUUUCCAAAUAUAUUGAAAUAACUUGCCAUAAGAAUAAUGUCAUAGGAAUAUCGAUAGGCUUGAUGAUAGCAUAUUAUGUUCCAUUUUGGGCUUUCAGCAAUUUAGCAGUCAUAAAUCGACAUUUUGUCACGAGGCUGCAAUUCAGACAGCAGCACACAUCUCAGACUCUUGCUUCUUGGAGACUCCGGAGUCGGAAAAACCUGUUUAUUAUGCAGAUUCACGGACAAUGAAUUUCACCCUUCACAUAUUUCCACAAUAGGUGUCGAUUUCAAAAUGAAGACCUUAAUGAUAGAUGGAAUUAAAGUAAGGAUACAGAUAUGGGACACGGCGGGCCAGGAGAGAUACCAGACUAUAACCAAACAGUACUACAGACGCGCGCAGGGAAUCUUCCUGGUGUACGACAUCACGAGCGAGCGGUCCUUCCAGCACAUUAUGAAGUGGGCCAGUGAUGUGGAUGAGUACGCUCCUGACAAAGUGCAGAAGAUUCUCAUAGGGAACAAAUCGGACGAGGAGCAUAAGAGACAGGUGGCUACAGAGCAGGGUACCAAGCUUGCCAAAGCUUAUGGAAUGGACUUCUACGAGACAAGUGCCUUCACCAACCACAACAUCAAGGAGUCUUUCACACGGCUGGCCGAGCAGGUCCUUCAGGCUAACUGGAAAGACCUGGACGUACUGAGAGCAUCUGUGACUGACGAGCUCAACAUCGCCGCCCUGGAGGAAGAAGAAGGCAUAGGCGAUGGCCAUGGAGACUCACAAAAAGCCUGCUGGUGUUAAAAACAAAGCGGGAAAUGACAUUGCCUCCUCAUGCAAUCAAGGCCUGUUAUAUUUUUCUUUAUGGACAAACAUUUACACUGGUAUGAACAUUAGUCUCCACACUGGCUCGCUAUGACGUGUCCAGAUUGAGGUCAGCAGGGUUCGGCGCCUUGAGUUGCUCUUCCACCAGGACACCACAAACUGAAUGAACAGAGGUGCCUCUCCUGCGGUUUCUGUGGGUCUGAAACACACUCUUAGCCACCUGUACAGUGCCAUACACAAUUUAGCCCACUAGAUGGCCUCGCCUGCUUUCUAACGGCUGUGAGGGAUGCAGAGGAGUUCAAAUAUGGUGGCAGGAUUCUCAAAUCCAAGGUGAGUGGGUGUCAGAGGAUGUUCAGGUAUUAUGUAGCUGAUUCUUUGUUUGUUUUUUCUGGUCAUUUCUGCCUGGGUUUCCUUGGAUUGUUCCACUGUGGUGUGUGUGCAAGGCCUUUUGAAGAUCAGCUGUAUGCGCAGUGAGUGCUAUGAAUAAAGAUAUGACUGUUUGUUGUGGUUCCAGCUGUUUGAAAUGCUUGUGAUUAACGACUAGAUUGUCUUCAUGCCCCCACAAAACAAAACACCAACGCUUGGGGCUUUUAAUAGUAAGUUUCAGGUUGACGUUCAGAUGUGGUCUACAUGAAGAAAAAGGCAACCACACAGCAGUUUGUUUUGUGCAGCUAAUUUCACCACAGCUGUUUUAUGACUGUGCAACUCCUUCAGCUGAAACAAGGGUCACUGCAAAAUGUCCUCAGUGGAAUGUUUUAAUCAUCAAAUGCUUGUAUAGUUGCUGUUUGCAUCCUUGGCGUCAAAUAAUGCAACUUGCUGACCCAGCUUCUGUUGUAUAGCAGACAUUGAGCAUUUGCACUGCAGAUCAUCAUGCUGAGGAGAAUGUAGAAGUGGUACACAACUCAUAUCAUAUUUUUCAAGUAAUUAUAAUAAUGCACCAGUGUCAUGGAUUUUGAGUGUGUCUUGGUUUAAAUAUGUUCAGUAUGAUCAAUGGUUAAAAUAGACAUUUUAGUUCAUAUCCCCUUAAACAUUUGACUUAAAUUGAAUAUGUUAAAUCAGAAUGUUUUAGUUUAUUACAGGUUAUGUACAGUAUGGAGACCUGUUUCAGUGCAGUAAAAGCAAAAUUGACUUGGUUCUGUCUUUUAUCCAUAUCCACUAUUCCAACUUCAGUGAAGUUAAAUCUCAACUGAUCAUGGUAUAUUGCAACCAUUUCACCAGAGACUAGACCACAGAAGCAGUGAUUAUGGAACUUGCUUAGAUGCAUCUACUGAAAUGAUUCAAUGUAACCAGUGCAAACCAAGAACAGAUUAUUUGUAUGCGUGCAAGUGAUAUUAAAGUGUGUUGUAUACUGAAUGAUGUAAAAUGCUGUAGAUGCUAAUAUAUCUUUGUGUCAUUCAUUAAAAAUGUUUCUCUACACUUGUGAAAAUCUA